AUGCCUCUUAAACUUGAGUUGGUCAUUGAGGGUCGCCAAGUCGCCUUCUCCGGUAUCCUCAUUCUCGUAUGCGCCUCUAUUAUGACUUUCUUAUAUUUCAGAGCUUUCAGAAGCCAUACAAAUCUUGAAAUACCCAAUAGUCUGUUCGCGCAGCGGCAAAAACGCUUCAAAGAGCAACGUCCAGCUGUUAAGGCAAACGCUGAAUGGAUAUCAAGUAGGGAGCUAGAUUACUACAAAGAGCUCUAUUUCAAGCUCCAAAAUUUGGAGGAACACCCCGACACAAUACUGAUGGGACGACAAGCUUUCCUGGUUCUGCUUUCACAAGCAUUGGAGGAUUGCCUCAAGGCACCGGGCAUACUGUCGAUUGAACAUUUUGACAAGAAGGAGCUUGCCCGCUUUCUCCACAAUCAUCAAGAUAAUGUGACACGGCAAUACCAUCAGUAUAUCAGUCGCCGACAAUCGGGGGGUCCCCGUGAGCUUUUCCAAAAUCAGCAGGCAGCUGAAGAUUGGCUGAGGGAAAUUGCACCGCUAAAGUUGGUCGACGGCGCCUGGCUAGGGCAUUUAAACAAGAUCACCAUGCCUUUCUCGUUGAGGCAAAUCGUGAAGAAGACUUGGCAAGUGUUCACAGAGGAACUCGGAAAUGGCAACCGGGACCAACAUCAUGUCAAGAUCUUCGAGGAGCUUCUGGGGGUAUUUGAACCAAAUUUGCCCUCUCCAACAACAAAGGCUAUUCUGCAUCCUCGAUACAGGCUAGGUAGCCUCAAAUAUUGGAGAGCAGCUGUGGCGCAGCUGCUGGUGUCACUCUUCCCGCACGAGUUUUUGCCUGAGAUUCUUGGGUUUAAUAUGCAUUUUGAGUCCCUGCAAUUGGAUACUCUGCAAGCAGCGAAGGAGUUGCCGGAAGUUGGUCUCAACGCAUCUUAUUUCCUGCUUCAUGUUUCAAUUGACAAUAGCCACUCGGGGCACGCUGCCAUGGCUAUGGAAAGUGCCGCAGACUAUAUUCGGCAUGUUGCAGAGACUGAGGACGAGAUGGCUGCUGCGGUGGCGUGGAAGAGAAUUCAGGCAGGGUAUAUUUUCAGCGAGUGGCAAUUUCAGAAAGGCAAUCAAGCAACCAAUAUUCUGGCACGACUCAACGAUGACUCUUACGAUAGAUUGGAGUCAAGAGUUGUCGAGAUAUUUGGCUCAAAGAUUCAGGCCGCCCAUCGACUGCACUGUGGCAGCCGGGUUAAGAUUGGAAAGCGCUCACUGACUGAUUGGCUGGAUCCUGAAGCGUUCUCGUCUGAGGCAUGGCAGCGGGAGUUUACCCGAUGCUUGAGCACAUGUAAACCAUGGAUAUAUCCAGGUGACAGCCAGAGAAGCAAACUGGUACAAGAGCUUCAAUGGGGAGGGAAAAUGUAUGGGUCAUUCACAAAGAGCGAACUCGAAACACUUGGGCUUUGGAUCAACUCCCUAGGUUUUGACCGAAUGCCUUUUUACUACUCUUUCAUCGAGCCUAUAACGCACCCACGGUUUCAAAGAUCCAGAAAAUCAGACACCGACAAGGCUGUUAAUCUUGUUCUCACGGUUGGCAGUGAGAGUAUUGAAACAGCAUGUCAACAUCCCAAAGGCUCGUUGGGGAAGCAUUCAGGAAACCUGACAACAAAUCUCAAUUUGUCCUUCCUAUUACCGCUCUGGUUUACGCAGUGCUGCCUUUUGGAAUCAUUUUUGUACGCCCCAGGGAGAACGAGCGAUAAGAUUGGCUGCGCUGUGGUACGCUUCUUGCGGGCCCAGUCCGGCUUCGAGACGGAGGACUUGGUUGUGACAGGGACAGAUGAGCCUCACACGACAGAAAAUGGAGGAAUCGUUGAGCUUGGUCUGGAAAUAAUUCGUCAUUUGUCCCUUCCCGUCCCUCAAGGCCUGCAUAGUCUCCUCUCUUGUUGGCCAUCCGAGUUUGCCAGAACAAUGCUCAAAUUAGCGUCCAGCCCCAUUCGAAACUUUGGUAUUCUUUUGGGUAUGUCCAUGGCGUUUCUCGAAUUGCAGGAAAUGGUAUCUGAAUCUCCAAAUUCUGGCUUGCUUUGCCCAAAGAGCAGUGAACGCCUUGCAUCGCUGGUUCGAAGGCAGUACCAAUGUUUGCAGGUCUGUCUUCAGGAGAUUCCCGCCGGAGACGCACGUCGUGUGGGCUUCCACCAUGGGUAUAGCAUGGCAAAGGCGGAGAUUAAUAACUGCUUCAGGGCAACGGCGUGA